UUCCCAAGAUUAACCAGAAAAAAAACAAAAAAAAAAAAGACCCAUCUCCCUCAACCUCAUCAUCAUCGUCAUCAUAAUAUUACUUUUUUUUUCUCUCUCUCUCUCUCUCUCUCUCUCAAGAAAAUAAAGAAACAAAACCAAUACCUUCACAUUUUUCACAGUUACACUCACUCUCAGACUCUAACACUCUAAUCAGUACCACCCAAAAUGAGCAGUUCGACCCGGCGGAAACCCGGGUCGUCGUCACGGCGUGAGUCACAAGCUCGCCGGAGAUCAUGGUGUUGCUCAUUCAGAGUCCCACCUUCCAGCCCCGAAGACCUCUCACUCUCUCGCUCUCAUUCUCACCCCAAAACUCUCUCAUCAAAACCCACGAACUCCUCCGUUCCCAACUCCCCAUUGAGCACUAAAUCCGGGUUGAGCCUCGUGGGCCGAACCCGGAUCGACCCACGUCGGAUCUUGUCCCCGGGUCGGGUCUCCCCCAUCGACUCCGAUCCCACCGUCCAUUCCAUUAUCCAAGAAGAACAAGAAGACCCAGAAGAAAUCAUCACAGCCGUUGAUUCCUCUGUACCCGAACCGAAACCCGAAAGCUUUCGGGCCCCACCUGAGAUUUCCGACAAGGAAGCUACUGUGUUCGACGUGAGGUUGAACUUGAGAGGGAAAACUGGUGGUGGGUGUUUGGUUUUGGAGCUGAACUCGCAAGUUCUGAGUACGAGUUCUGAAGUGUUCGCUGGUUUAAUCAGCGAGUUUAAGAGGAAUGGUUCUUCUUCUUCUUCUUCUUCUUCUUCGAAGAUGUGUAGGAUUGAGGUUCCAGAAGUGGAGAAUCUUGGUGUGUUUAGAGAGACCAUCGAGCUCAUGUUCGAGGACGAUAUUCCUAAACGUCUCUCGAAGAUCGGUGUCUACCGCUCAAUCGAUAUUCUCGAGGUAUCAGCAGGUAUAAUGUUCACCAAGGGAGUUUUGUCCUGUUUAAAGUACCUUGAGGCUGUUCCUUGGACUGAGGAAGAAGAGGAGAAACUGAGGAUUCUGUUUUCAAGAUUUAAGUUUGAUGAUGUAACAACUAGAGAUAUUUUGGCCAGACUGUACUCUCGUAACUCAGUAGAUUCCCAACAACAUUUAGCUAGACAGAUUGUUUGGUCUAUCACCAGUUGCACUGAUGCUAAUGCUAGGAAUGAGCUAAAGCAUCUAGUAAAGGGUCUCCUGUGCAGAAGUUCAGUCUAUGAGAAGGACCAUGCUGAUGUCAAUAAGGAAGAUCUAUACGGUGUUUGCCAGUUCUGUCUGAGUUCGAUUGUCUGCUUGUUUGAGGAGGCUUCUGACACUAUUCCCAGUGAGAAAUUGGCCAAGAAGGAAAAGGGUAGGCCCUUGAUUGAACGAAUCUCAAGAGAAGUUGAUAACAUCAAUUGGUUGCUAGAAAUCCUCCUUGAUAGGCAAAUGGCUGAGGAGUUUGUGGAUAUGUGGGCAGAUCAGGGUGAACUGAUUAAGAUGCAUGAGAAUGUGUCUCCAAUGGUCAGGUACGAGCUUAGCAGGGUUUCGGCACUUCUAUUCAUUGCAAUGGGGACCAGAAAACUGCAUUGCCGGUCAGAAUCAAGAUCAGGGCUUCUCCUGGCAUGGUUUGGCCCAAUGCUAUUGGACUUUGGUUGGCUGCAGAGAUGCAGAAAAGGGCUUGACAUGAAGGCAUUGGAGGAAGCUAUGGGUCAGACACUCCUUACUCUUCCUUUGAAGCAGCAGUAUAUGCUAUUUAUGGAAUGGUUUCGGUGUUUCUCCAAGCAUGGCACUGAAUGCCCUAAUCUAAGCAAAGCCUUCCAGAUUUGGUGGCGCCGCUCAUUCCUAAGAGGCUCUGAAACUUAUGCAAUUGAAACCAGGUAACUGGUAAGCCUCUUUUCAUUUACCACUUGUGUGUAGUAUUUUAGAAGUUUAGGAGAAGAGAUUCUGGAAAACAUCUGGGAGUCAAUAAUGUAGAUCAAUUGUGUAGAAUUGUUGUAACAGCUGUAAGUGCAUAAAAUGGCAUAUCACAAUUCUAUUAGAUUAUCCA